CAGAUCAAGUUUGACCCACACCGGCCCGCCGCGACGGGUCCAAUCGGAGUUCAGAUCAGCUCCUUCACCCCAACCUCCCCACCAGCCCAACCCUCCCUCCUUUCUCCCACUCUCUCUCUUAGUUGCUCUGCAGCUGGGCUGCACCUCAAUGAACCUAAUUGGUGCACUGUGAGCGACCAUCAUCUUUCCACUGGAUUUCCAUCGCGCCCGGCUUUCAUCCAUAACAUAUGAAUUUGCUCAGACAGACCCUUUUAAGGAGUUGAACAGAUAGGUCGGAGAAAAUGGCACAACGCGCGGUAUUGUUCCUGCUGUGGCUCUUUGACAGAUCAUUCGCAGGAUUCCCCAAUCAGAUUAAUAUCGGGGGGCUGUUCAUGCGUUCCACGGUGCAGGAGCACAGCGCGUUCAGGUUCGCUGUCCAACUCUACAACACCAACCAAAACACCACUGAAAAGCCUUUCCACCUCAACUACAAUGUCGACAACCUCGAAUCGUCCAACAGCUUUUCGGUCACCCAUGCGUUUUGCUCCCAGUUCUCCCGCGGAGUGUACGCCAUCUUUGGAUUCUAUGACAAGAAGUCCAUGAACACCUUGACCUCAUUCUGCGGCGCUCUGCACACCUCCUUUGUCACACCCAGUUACCCCACCGAUAAUGAGGUGCAGUUUGUCAUCCAGAUGCGCCCCGCCCUCCGCGGUGCUGUCCUCAGCCUGCUCUCUCACUACAAGUGGCAGAAAUUUGUCUACCUCUACGACACAGAUCGAGGUUUCUCCAUACUGCAGGCCAUCAUGGAGGCAGCAGUAGCUAACAACUGGCAGGUGACCGCUCGCUCUGUUAGCAGCACAACAGAUGCAGCAGAGUUCAAGCGGAUCAUUGAAGAGAUGGACAGGAGGCAGGAGAAGCGCUAUGUGAUUGACUGUGAGGUGGAAAGGAUCAACACCAUAUUGGAACAGGUAGUGACCCUGGGGAAGAACAGUCGUGGUUACCACUACAUUCUGGCCAAUCUUGGUUUUUCUAAUGUGAGCUUGGACAAAGUCUUCGCCGGUGGAGCCAAUAUUUCAGGGUUUCAGAUAGUCAACCCUGAGAACCCGAUUGUGCAGCAGUUUAUGCAGCGGUGGGAGCGGCUAGAUGAAAGAGAAUUCCCAGAAGCCCGAAACACUCCUCUGAAGUACACUUCAGCUCUGACCCAUGAUGCCAUCCUGGUGAUAGCAGAGGCCUUCAGGUAUCUGCGGCGGCAACGUGUGGAUGUCUCUCGCCGGGGCAGCGCUGGAGACUGUCUGGCUAAUCCUGCUGUACCUUGGAGCCAAGGCAUCGACAUUGAAAGAGCUCUCAAAACGGUCCAAGUACAGGGUAUGACUGGGAACAUCCAGUUUGACAACUACGGCCGCAGGACCAACUACACCAUAGAUGUUUACGAGAUGAAAACUGGUGGCCCGAGAAAGAUUGGGUACUGGAACGAGUACGCACGAUUUGUAAAUAUUAUGGACCCGCAGGUCUCCAACGACUCCUCAGUGGAAAAUCGAACGAUUGUGGUCACUACUAUUAUGGAAGCUCCUUAUGUGAUGUACAAGAAAAAUUAUAUGCAUCUGGAUGGGAAUGACAGAUAUGAAGGCUACUGCGUCGAUUUAGCAUCUGAGAUUGCCAAACAUGUUGGAAUUAAGUACAAACUGUCUAUAGUAAUGGAUGGGAAGUACGGAGCCCGAGACCCCGAGACCAAGACGUGGAACGGGAUGGUGGGUGAACUGGUCUAUGGGAGAGCAGAUAUAGCUGUUGCGCCUCUCACCAUUACUCUGGUUCGAGAGGAGGUGAUAGACUUUUCCAAGCCCUUUAUGAGCUUGGGCAUCUCCAUUAUGAUAAAGAAGCCGCAAAAGUCCAAGCCUGGCGUUUUCUCCUUCCUGGACCCGCUGGCCUAUGAGAUCUGGAUGUGUAUAGUGUUUGCCUAUAUUGGGGUGAGCGUGGUACUGUUCCUGGUCAGUCGGUUCAGUCCUUAUGAGUGGAACCUUGAGGAACAAGAUGAGACCAAAGACCCCCAGACACCCCCCGAUCCUCCCAAUGACUUUGGCAUCUUCAAUUCCCUCUGGUUCUCACUGGGCGCUUUCAUGCAGCAGGGCUGUGACAUCUCUCCCAGGUCUCUGUCGGGCCGUAUCGUCGGUGGUGUGUGGUGGUUCUUCACCCUCAUCAUCAUCUCCUCCUACACAGCCAACCUGGCUGCCUUCUUGACAGUGGAGAGGAUGGUCUCUCCAAUAGAAAGUGCCGAAGAUCUGGCUAAGCAGACAGAGAUUGCAUAUGGCACUCUGGACUCAGGCUCCACAAAGGAGUUUUUUAGGCGAUCCAAAAUAGCAGUGUAUGAGAAGAUGUGGUCAUACAUGAAAUCUGCUGAACCCUCAGUGUUUGUUAAGACCACACCUGAUGGUGUAGCCCGGGUACGAAAGUCAAAGGGCAAGUUCGCCUUUCUCCUUGAGUCCACCAUGAAUGAGUACAUCGAGCAGCGGAAGCCAUGCGACACCAUGAAAGUGGGCGGGAACCUCGACUCGAAAGGCUACGGUGUGGCGACGCCCAAAGGCUCAGCAUUAAGAAAUGCUGUUAACCUGGCAGUUUUAAAACUGAAUGAGCAAGGCCUCUUGGACAAAUUGAAAAACAAAUGGUGGUACGACAAGGGAGAGUGCGGCAGCGGGGGAGGUGACUCCAAGGACAAGACAAGUGCUCUCAGCCUAAGCAAUGUGGCUGGUGUCUUCUAUAUUCUGGUUGGAGGGCUGGGGCUGGCCAUGAUGGUGGCUCUGAUAGAGUUCUGUUAUAAAUCACGGCAAGAAACCAAACGGCUGAAAUUGGCCAAGAAUGCCCAGAAUUUUAAGCCGGCUCCCCCGACCAACACCCAGAACUUUGCCACAUACAGAGAAGGCUACAACGUAUACGGAACCGAGAGUGUUAAGAUCUAGAGGUUUAGGAAACAUUUCCAUUGUCCCUUACAACUGUGACUAAACAUCUAUGAAAGGACAGGAUCACAGGGAUUGAGCUCCAAGCCAAAUCCUCUCGAGCGGACAUGGCACGAUAAUCUGCAAUGAUGACACGACUAGACUGGUCAUGGGACGAGCCAAUGUGGUUCCCUCCUCUCAGUGCCUUAUGGAACUCUGAGUCCUAUCAAUGCAACUCAUUCACAAUGAUAUUGCUUUUUGCUUGAAACGCAUACAAAACAGAAGAAUGGUGCAGUGCAGUGAUAUAUAUAUAUCUAUAUGUCUGUAUAUGUAUAUAGAUACAUAGAUAUCUAUAUAUAUCUAUAUAUAUAUAUGACACAAGGACAAUGAAUGAGAGAACUAAAGCCAUCAUUUCCAACCCUAAGCACAUUUUUAAGUGCCAGAAAGAGGACGAAUCUUAUGUGACAAGUGUCUAAUUGGUUUCUUGUAAUCAAUAUGAUCAGAUUACUCUUCAUCCUUCUGCUGCCAGAUUUUCACUGGUUGUAUGUGUUCAAAUAAUUUUAUUAGAUCUAUUCAGUAAGAAACUGUUUAUUAGACAUUAGCUUUUAUACUGCUGUAAGUCACAUAUAGUGACCUUGUGCUUUGAUUGAUUGAUUGAUUAAUCUCACUGGAGCGAAAUGCCAUUUAUCCCAGAAACAAUUAUGAGUGUGUCAUUUGUACUCUAAAACCUCUGGUGCUGCUGCCACUGAACGUUUGAUGGGGCCCAUGAAGAUGAGAUGAUGAUCUGGUUUUGUUUUCACGCACCACAGAACCAGGUCAGAAGUCACACUUCCACUACUGCCAAGAGUGCGUUUUGUAUGACAAAGAGCGUGUAAAGAAAAGUAGAGUUAAAAAAAAAUAAAUCUGUGAUUUACACUUUGUAAAAUAUCAAAGGAGCACUGACUAGCUAAGGUUCGUCGUUCCAAACAGUCUUUCCCUUAAGUCUAGAUUCUUCUGUACAUGAAAGUAAAACCAAACAAAAAGGGUAAUUCAAUUGUAGAUUAACUGCAAUCCAAUUAAAGGAUAACAGUAAUGGCUUUUAAACUGUAGUAUUUUGGAUUACCUUACCAUUUUCUUUAACAAUUGCACAUUUUACAAUGAGCUGUGGUUUGCUUUGAAUUUGAUUUCUUUUAAUGAGCAUUACAGUGUUUGGUGACUUCACUUAGUAAAUGAAAAUAUAUGAAUUCAAAUGGAAAAUAGAUUUAUACAAGGUUAUACCAGGGAGAGUCCUGAAGCUUAGCACAUUUCCAUAUGACUGUAAUAAUUUCUUUUCUUUCAGAUAGACUGUGAUUCCAUAGGGUUUAGGAAGAUAAUUAUCUAAUCACCUGAAACUAUGGGCAGGUUUAUAUGUAUAUAUACAUAUAUAUACAUAUAAACUGACAAUGUGAAGAAAAAUAAAGACAGAAUUGUGUAAGAUGUGUACAUUUAGGUAAAUGAAAAUUAUUUAUAUUACACAAGGAAAGAUUGGCCUCCUUUUUUCCUUUUUUUUCUAUGAAAUUGCAUGUGAAAACAGUGAUGCUUGAUGAGCUCUGCUACUCACAAACUGACCUUAGGUUAAUGUUAGAAAUCCAGUCCUGGUUAUCUUUUGGAAAUCAGUUUCACCUUUUUCUUUUUUGUACAUCUCACCUUCUACAAGGAAAAAAAAACAAACAAAAAUUGCCAGGCAUAGUAGUGGGUACAAAAGAGCAAGAGAUGCAUGCAUAAUUUGCUGAACCUUGUUAGUGAGGCGCUGUACAAAGAAUUUUAAUACAUUUUGUAAAUAAACUGUACAGAAAGGG